CAUCCAUUUCAAACAUUACAAACCACACCAUACUGUCCCAGACCCAGUGCCAUUGUCCUCUUCAUCAUCAUCAUCAGAGCCAACUCUAUCUCCCCAUAUUUUUAAGAACCAUGCAGACUUCAGAUCUCAUGUUGAUGCAAGUGUAAUGGCCCCACUUUUUCAGCUUCCUACGAGUGGUCUCCUACAGCUGUGUUACAGAGCCACGACAGGUCCAAACCAGGCUGUUGAGAGUGUCCAACCUUUUUCCCACAUAGACCACACUACACAUGGCACUGAGCUGAGCUGUAAAAAAUGUCAGAUGUUUUAUGAAACUUACAUAGACCUUAACCCCACACAAACUCAGUUACUAACCUGCGAGACCCAAACUCAGAGUCACUCACAAAUGUGGCAUGAUGCCAGAAUGCUGCGUCUUACAGCAAGUACUGCGAAAAAAGUCCCCAAGCGCCUCAAAACUGACCCAGAAAAGUUCAUCAGAGAACAUUUAUAUCCAACAUUCAUGGGUAACACAGCAACCAGGGCUGGUCAAGCCUAUGAGGAAAAGGCCAUCCAGAUGCUGGAGGAGAGAGGUAACUUGGUGGAGAGGAAAGGCCUGAUCCUACAUCCAGAGCAUCCCUGGUUUGGAGCCAGCCCUGACGGAGUCCUGAACCAGAAACAACUUGUAGAAGUGAAAUCUCCACAGGGAUCACUGACAGAAUUUCUGCAACGGCCUCGUGGAGAUGUCCGACCUCUGCAUGAUGGACCCAUGGAUGGUGGGCAGUUCCAUCUGGCCUUAAAUGGACAGGGUGGAUACUACCAACAGAUUCAGCUGACCAUGCUGUGUACGGGACUAGAGAGCUGCAAGCUGUUAAUUUGGACACCGAGCGAGAGCCUGGAAUUGGAUGUGCCUUUUGAUAAGGACUAUGCAGAGAAAGAAAUGCAUAGACUGCAGGGUUUUUACUUCAUGCACAUGCUACCCAGGCUGGUUGAUGAUUUCCUUGCCAGGAAGAUAAAGCUUUGCCUGAGGUACCUCGAGCUGGUAAAAAGUUAGGAGAGGAAGAAGAGGAAAGGGUUAAUGAAUCUCCAGGUCUUUUGUGAGAGUACACAAAUUAACAUGGGAGGCUAAAAUUCAAAUACAUGUUCGGUUAAAUGUUAAAAGUUAAAGAGAGUAAAGAGUAAAAAAAAAUGUUAAUUAGAAAAGAGUAAGUGAAGUGUAAGUGUUUGAAGAUAAAAGGACCACAGGAGGUGUUAUUCCACUCUAAAUUACAUUGCACUAUUCCAUAUUGCAGUUUGUUAAUAGUUCUGAUAUUUGUUAAAAGAUAGACUUCAUAAUGUGCACAUGUUCAACCACAAUACCAUACAAUGAAUUAAAAGUUG